AUGUCAUCAUCUGACAAUUUCUUCGUGGACUCCUUCAUGAUGCCAUCAGUUCAUGGGCUAACAUCUCUGCUACAACAAUCCAACACCACACCUCCAAUACCUUCAAUCAAUAAUGCAUCGCUUUGGUCUGACCAAGUCAAGUACAGCUUGUCCAUUGGAAUCACCAGUGGUCCAUUCUUUUUUAUCUUUUGGACUCUACUGAUUGUCUCCAUUGUCAUUUAUGCAAUGAAACGGAAGGAAAUGAAGAGAAAUCAACACAUUUUGUUUAUUAUGACUAUUAUUUUAGCAGCGGAUGUGACUCUCAAUCUUACUUGUCGAAUGGUUUCAGAAUGGGGCAUGUUCUCUUCAGUUGGUAUCAACAGAACUUUCAUCUUGUAUUAUACCAUUAUGGGAGCCAUUCAAAGAGUGGUGAUUAACUAUUGGGUUUGGCAUCAAUUGUUGAUGAUGGCCUUCCUGUGUAAUGUAUUCUACAAGACGUGUAAAGAAACUGGAGCUAUCACCCAAAACCAAUUCACUCGAAUGAGAAUGGUGAUCAUGGUCACUCUUGUUGGUUCUGCCAUCUUCUUUCUGAGUCAAACUACUGCCAACAUCAUUAUGAGUGGUCUUGUCAAUGGUGGAAUUCUCAGAGAUGCAUCCUCCAUUUUGGGACAACAAUUAGCCAUUUUCAUUGCAGCAACCAUCAUGUUCUUUGUCUUUACCGUUCUCUUCAGUAUCUAUCUCAAUAUUACUGGUUUCAGAUUAAACUCUUCUUUACAAGAAAGUGUGAGAAAAUUGAAAGAAAAGAUGAACGAUCAACCUCUCUAUGCAGGCAGAGAAAGAGAAAAUACUCUUUUAUUGAAACAAACAGCAUUGAGAAAAACUCGAUUGAUGCAAGCAGGACUCUCCCUCGCCUUAUUAUUGCAAUCGUGUGGUUUCUUGUUUAUUCCUGCCAGUGCUGUUUGGUUGUACUUGGGAAACUUCUUUUUUGCAUGCACCAAUGUUGGACUUGUGAUUUUCAUUGCCUUGAUGAUUAGUAUUAACACACCCAUGCAAGAAGUGCAACGAAUGUUUCGAAGAAAUUCACAAAUUAGUAAUGAUCCUCCAGUGCUCAAGGACACAAAAAACUUUAAUAACAGUAGGGAGUUGAUGGAUGGUGAUGCAACUCUCGUGGUGGAAGGAAGUAGUCAUACCGUUAUUACGAGUGAAAUACAUUCACCUUCGACAAGUACUGGAAUGAGUAAAUCAAUGACUCCUGUAGCAAGUUCAGAACAAGAUUCAGCCAUCAAGUUGAAUGAGAAUUCUCGAGAAACUGAAGACUUGGCAAUGGAUGGCACACUUUCACAGGUGUAA